ACAGUAGUGUAUAUGAAAUGGGCCUGGUCACUGUUGAAAUCCAAAAAAGCCAGAAUGUGAGGGAUAAUAAAUAAACAGAAACAGAAGCGAGUUUGCCGUCUGGUGCUGUAGAAGGACAAUAUUGUAUGUAGGCUCGCCUUAUCUAUCUCCCCUUCUUAUUUGAGUCUGAUAACACACUCAAGGACAACACCGGACGAGGUACAACAGCCAAAGAGAUGCAUGUGUGUGUGUGUGUGUGUGUGUGUGUGUGUGUGUUUGCAUUUCCCAGAGAGUAAGUUCAUGAGCUCAUCUCUUCCAGUUGUCCCACCCCCUUGGAGUUUGUCUGAUGUGGCUUGAUGUUGACAUACGCGUGGGAACCCCCUCCUUCUAUGUAUAAAUGAGAGUCCCUCUCUGCUGUGCCUAGGUAGGAUUCACGACCACAGUCACCGCCAGAUCUCUCUAAACUGUGCUCGCACAAAAACUUCACUUCAAACUAAGUCAUCUAUCUAUCUGGCUUUCAGCUCACAAGAUUUGACAACAUAGCUUGUGCUUAAUAACUAAGACUGUGAGGAUUUCGAAAACCGAUUUAGUUAACGGCUUGUGUCAAUAAGCUAUCUCAAGCAAUAGAGCAAGUUUUAAAUCACAGAUUUAUUCCACAGCCAGUGUAAAAAAUAUUUUAUAAUACCUAAUUAUUCAUAGGUACAAUAUAUCGUAACAAAUUAUUGUAUUAUUAUUCUAUUGUUGUUACAAUAAUAUCACUGUAUUAUUAUUACUGCUAGCAACAGUUACAUAGGUCCAAUCAGAAUCAUCCAGUCGGUUGUGUGAGGAAAGACUGGUCGACCCAGGGUCAGUAACCGUAACUGGCCGUGAAAUGCCCAGGAAGACCGUAACGUUGGCAUGGCUGGCAUCGUGCCUCCUGCCGCUGCUCUGUGCCCUGCUGUGUGCCCCCUCUGCCCGCGCGGAGAUGCCCGGUGCGGCAGGAUUCUGCUUCUGGACUCGCACCCUGGCGGACGGGCGUGCGCAUCAGACGUUCCUGCGGCGGCGCCCGGGAGGGCAGCUGGCGCUGUACCAUGCCGUGUGGGCACCCGACGGGCGACACCAGGAGUGUGUGACCAGCCGAGACUCCGCCGUCACCCACGGCUACCGGGCGGAAUGCCAGGAGCGCCGGCCGGAACUCUUCAGCCGGAGAGCCCAGAGGAGCUUCCAGACGCGCGUGCUGUUCCGGCCGGGAGUGUGUGUGGACGCGGACGCGGACGCAGGCGCGGACGUGGGUGUGGGGGGCAGCGCGGCGGUCAGACACACACGAGACCUGCUGACCCAGCAGCACGCUCACACGGAAGGAUCCAGAAGCGUCCGCGUGAAGAGGGGGCUGAUCAUGAUUCCUGGAACUCUCUGGUGCGGCACGGGCAACACUGCGGCAAACUACAGUGACCUCGGUGCCUUUCCACAUACAGAUGAGUGUUGCCGGGAACACGACCACUGCACACACACCAUCGCCUCUUUCAACUAUGGCUUUGGUGUGUUCAACAGCAACAUCUUCACCUUAUCUCACUGCGACUGUGAUAACAGGUUCAAACAGUGCCUGCAGCGUGCGGAGGACGCUAUGGGGUUCGUGGUGGGCUACGGCUACUUCAACGUGCUCAAGAUGAGGUGCUUCGAGUGGACCAUACAGACGGAGUGCACGGAGCGAGCCUGGUGGGGCAGGUGUCUGUCGACUGGCCCGGUCCGUUAUGCUGAAGUGCAAGAGCCUACAGACUACAACUCUACUCUUACAGAAAACGGCACUCUGCCGUACCCAAGCCAACUGACCAAACUCUAUUCAGAAAUGACUACCAAACCAGUCUCAGACCUGAUUAUGAAACCAGAUUCACACCCAACGACCAAACCAGAUUCAGAACAUACUACCAAACCAGAUUCAGAACAUACUACCAAACCAGAUCGAGCUCCAACUACCAAACCAGCCUCAGCCCUUACAUCCAAACCCAAUCAAGACGGGUCAUCUGAACUCAAGCUCCCCACACCAGCACAGUCCAUCAUGCCCACUAUCAACCUCCCUGACCCCAGAACUGACGCCUCAGACGCUAGAACCGACCUCCUGAACAACAGAACCGACGUCUCAGACCACGCCGGCGAUCUCCAGGGAUCCACACCCAGCAGCAGCCUCCUGCUCCCCACCCCCACCACCACCACCACCACUACGCCCAAACCAUCAGAUACCCUGCGUGUGUGUGGUGUGUAUAAGCUCCUGGAUGACUGUAGACUGCAGGUGCCCCCUCUGCAGGAAGUGUUUGGGCUGAAGAACACAGAGCUACGAACCCUCUAUCACUGCAACUGCACCAAAAGGUUAGCGGAGCACAUGCCAGUUCUGGAGGCUGCCGGGCUGCACACUCUGAUGUUGGACUUUGUGGCGGAGUCUUGCUUCAUCCUGCCACACACACAGAGCAGCGAUUCACCGCAGAGCAGUGCUGUAUUGUUGCAGAUGCCAUUCUUCCUGCCGGGGCGAGGAUGGGACAAGCGUCCUGCAGGCAGGCGCCACCUACUGGACAGACCUCGCAAAUUCAACCAGAGUAAACGGGCAAAGAGGAAAGACUUGGGGGUCAGGCUCUACCGUAAAUGCCUGAGAAUGCAUUCCCGGCUGCAGAAGCCAAGGCGGCAUUGAAAUAGCUUCUACAUGAGUCACCUGCGAAUAUCAGUUUAGCAAAGCUCUCGGACACAAACUUUUUAGACUUUUCCUCCUGUGCUGUGCUGUGCUGUGCUGUGCUGUGCACAACCUAUCAGCUAAAUCUGUGUGUUUGACUGACAUACUCAAGGCCCAAUCCCUAGCCCUGAGCUCCUUUGGGUGUCUGACUGAUGACAAACGGGGUUAUGUGGAUGAUACCUCGGAUGCCUCUGAUGCUGAGCCGAUGCUCCCCAUGAGAGCCUACUCACAUUGAGAGGAAGCAUGACUCAGGACGCGUUCUGCUACAAGCGUAUAAAAGUUGCAUAUGUUGUUGCUUAAACCAUAAUAAUGUAUUGUCUGUUGUAUAUAACUGUAAAUAUAUAACGUGUUGAAUAGCCUAUAUUGAAUAUCACUCAAGCUACUCGAAAGAAGUGUCAGCUGAAUGUUGUCUGAUGAAAGUCUGCUGUUGUAAAUAUUAUUUAAUAAAAAGUUAUUUCGACUGUC